UAAUUUGCAGAUCGAAUAUUAAAAUGUUAUGCAAAAGGUUUUCAUCUGUAACAACCUCUUGGCUAUCGAGAAAGAGUAGACACCUCAUAAAUGUAUACCGCUCGACACUGACCGACAACAGUUUGCCUGCUGUAAAUCGGAAGAAAGAAAAUGUUGAUACAGAGGCGAAGAAACCGAUUGAAGAGACAACGACGAAAGUGAGGAAGAAGAGGGCGAGGAAAAUCAACGUGCUGGAUUACAUCGAGCAGUCUGUAAUUCGUAACAAAGAGAUGCUGGACCUCGUUAAUUAUAUACAGAAAGUCAAUCCAGAUAUAAUGGACGUUAUUCGAUCUAUGAGGUAUGGGACAUUCAGGAAGGGGGAUGCGAAUAUAUUACACCUGAUUGACAAGGAUACCGCCGCGAGAUAUGUCUCACUGAUCGGGGACGACCUCUCGAGGAACAUGUGCUACGUCGCCGAAUUGAAUCCCGGCUUUGGCGUGCUGACGCAAGAAUUAUUGAAAGCUGACGUACCGCUGAUUCAUCUGUACGAAGGGAAUGCAAAGUUACACAAGAUAUUGGAAACGGUCUGUACGAAGUAUCCUGGAAGGCUGAGCUUAAUGCCGUUUAAAAAUUCUAAUCUCUUCGGCGUGGCAAGAACGAUUUAUGAAGAUAAAAUUAACGAUGAGAAAAUGUCGAGGUAUCAAAAUAGGUUCAAGGCGAUAGAGAGCAAAAAUUGGGAGGACGAAACUUACAUGCAAGUAAUAGGUGCAAGCGAUAGCAAGGAUUUAUUUACAUUUAUCAUAAGCAGUUUAAUCUUUCGCAACGGUUUCAUGUGUCAUGGAAGGCCCAGCUUCUACAUCGCGAUACUACCAUCCUUGUGGCAUAGAUAUGAUAUCGAUACUAGGAGAAUCAAUAGAAAACGUUACACUUAUGCAAAGGUGAUGUUCCAAUUAAUGUUUAAUUACGAAUUUCUGGGAACAUUGAACAGAAAGGCAUUUAUACCUUGGGCAAAAAGAAAGUAUCAACAUAAGUCACGCCAAUUGGUCACACCGACGUUAUUGCCGAAGCAAGAUGUACAAGAUGAUCAGAUGUAUGUAAUAAAACUUGAGCCCAAAGCUGAUCUUUACUCGCAACUGUCGCGAAAAGAGUGGAUAACAUUUUCCUAUUUUGUGAAACAUCAUAUGCAGGCACGCAGCAACAGAGUGAUACCUUCAUUGGAAAGAUGGAUACCGAACUGUGGAAUUAAACUUAUAGCCAAAGAUUACACGAUAUACACACAAUUUGGAGACUUAACGCCAGCGCAAAUUCUGGAACUCUUUAAAGAAUUUAAAUCUUGGCCGGGAUACAAAGAAAGCCAUUUCGUAGGUUCGAUGAACAGUUCUGUGGGUGCGCAUAACGAACCGGAACUUUUUAACGAAUAAUCCUGUAAUGUAUAUUUCUUAUAAAUAUAAAAUAAUAACGAUAAUGGAGCUAUUGAGCCAAGCAAUUAAACGUACAAUUUAUAGUUUAUUAUUUAAAUAGCUUCAUAAUAAAUUUUGUUUAUCAUCACAGUUCAAGAUUAUUAGCACAUUACACCCAGCCUGGCUCAACAGCUCCGUUAUAAUUUUAUUAUGAGCCUUUGAUAA